GCCUCAGGUAAGAGCAUUAGAUUCUAUUUCCAAUUGUAUCGGCCACCUCAAAACCAUCAUCUCUCCCUUAUGUCAAAGUGGGGUGCUCGUUUAAGAUCAAUCACAUCUCCUGAGGCAUCAAGUUUAAACGACACUUGCCAUCAUUUUCCUCUCCAGUUUCUUUACCUCGUGAUCAUGGGCUGGUAAGUCUUUCCGUCCAUGGAGUCUUCGGGCCCCUUGCUGUCUCUAAUAUUUCUACAUGGGGAUUCAUCUAGUUCCUGAGCUUCAAGAUCCCAUGCCAUUUUAGCUACACAGUAGUCAACAAAAUACACCUCUUCUUCUUCGUCUUUUUCUUCUGCAUGAUGGGUUCGAUUCCUCUCCUGGUUCUGUGUUUCUCUUUUACUCUGAUUGCCGCCAUUGCUGCAACUGCAAGUGACAACAACACGAUUUCCGGCUCGAGGCCGAGUGAGAUCAGUAUUGGGGCUCUCUUCACCUUCGAUUCCACGAUUGGGAGGGCUGCAAAGCCGGCGAUUGAGCUCGCAGUCGACGAUGUGAACAAGAACUCGAGCGUUCUUGCUGGGACGAGGCUCAGGUUGUUUACCCAGGACACAAAUUGCAGCGGAUUUCUUGGAACCAUAGAAGCAUUGCAGCUAAUAGAGAAGAAUGUAGUUGCUAUGAUAGGGCCACAAUCCUCUGGGAUUGCCCAUGUUAUCUCACAUGCUGUCAACGAACUCCAUGUGCCACUUCUCACUUUCGCUGCCACAGACCCAACUCUUUCUCCUCUGCAAUACCCCUACUUGAUUCGCACGACCCAGAAUGACGAUUUCCAGAUGAAAGCAAUAGCUGAUAUAAUCAGUAACUACGGUUGGAGGGAAGUCAUUGCCAUCUUUGUGGAUGAUGAUUAUGGUCGAGGUGGAAUAACUGCACUAGAAGAUGCUCUGGCAAAGAAACGCUCUAAAAUCUCCUAUAAAGCUCCAUUCUCUCCGAAUGCUGACACAAGUGUGCUUAAUGACUUGCUGGUAAAAGUAAAUCUUUUGGAGUCUCGGGUUUAUGUUGUUCAUGUAAACCCUGAUUCAGGUCUCAUGAUCUUCUCGGUGGCAAAAUCUCUAGGAAUGAUGGGUAGUGGUUAUGUGUGGAUAGCAUCAGACUGGCUUGCUUCUGUUUUAGAUUCAACUGUGCCAAUUAAUCCAGACACCACGGAUCUUAUACAAGGGGCUAUUGUUCUUCGACAGCAUACUGCAGAUUCUGAUCUCAAGAGAACAUUUACGUCCAGAUGGAGUAAUAUGGUCCAAAAUGGGACUACAACUUCAAGCUUGAACACAUAUGCAUUGUAUGCUUACGAUUCUGUUUGGUUGCUUGCUCAUGCUCUUGACCAGUUCCUCUAUGAAGGACAGAAAAUUUCUUUCUCUGAUGAUCCUAGAUUGCAUGACACAAAUGGAAGUUCAUUGCAUUUAACUGCACUCAAGUACUUCGACAGUGGUGAUAAGUUGCUCAAGCAACUGCUGCUUACAGACUUUACAGGUGUGACUGGUCAUGUUAAAUUUAAUUCGGAUGGCAAUAUGAUCCAUCCAGCCUAUGACAUACUUAAUAUCCUAGGGCCAGUUCCACGAAGGUUAGGAUUUUGGUCUAAUUAUUCCGGUCUUUCAGUUGUUGCUCCUGAAGUUCUUUAUGGUAAGCCACCAAAUACAUCCACCAGUAGCCAGCAGCUUCACAGUGUCAUUUGGCCUGGUGAUACCACAACUAUACCGCGUGGUUGGGUGUUCCCAAAUAAUGGAAAGCCUCUAAGGAUUGGAGUCCCUUACCGGACUAGUUAUAAGGAAUUUGUAACGAAAGAUAAUGGCCCUGACGUUGUAAAAGGAUAUUGUAUCGAUGUGUUUAAAGCUGCUGUUAACUUGUUGCCAUAUCCAGUCCCCUAUUCAGUCAUUCUGUUUGGUGAUGGUCUUAAGAAUCCUAACUACAAUGAUCUGGUGGAAAAGGUUUCUCAAAAUUACUUUGAUGCAGCUGUAGGGGACAUAUCUAUUGUGACAAACAGGACGAGAAUUGUUGACUUCACACAGCCAUAUAUAGAAUCAGGCCUUGUAAUUGUCGCACCAGUCAAAGAGAGAACCUCAAGUCCUUGGGCCUUCCUAAAACCUUUUACGAUCCAGAUGUGGGGUGUCACAGGGGCUUUCUUUCUUUUUGUGGGAGCAGUGGUUUGGAUUCUUGAGCAUCGAACAAAUACUGAAUUUCGUGGAUCUCCUAGACAACAACUCGUGACAAUAUUUUGGUUUAGUUUCUCCACUAUGUUCUUUGCACACAGAGAGAACACCGGGAGUACUCUUGGGCGGUUUGUGCUGAUCAUUUGGCUCUUUGUGGUCUUGAUAAUCAAUUCAAGCUACACAGCAAGUUUGACAUCUAUCCUCACAGUUCAGCAACUCUCAUCAGGAAUUCAAGGACUUGAUAGUUUGAUCUCUAGCUCUGACCCUAUAGGAUACCAGGUUGGUUCAUUCGCAAAAAACUAUAUGAUGGAAGAGCUAAACAUUGCUGAGUCGCGGUUGGUAUCCCUAAAUAAUCCUGAAGCUUACGCAAGGGCACUUGAGCUUGGGCCAAAAAAUGGAGGUGUUGCUGCAAUAGUUGAUGAGCUUCCAUACAUUGAACUCUUCUUGUCCAACAACUGCAAGUACACGACGGUUGGUCAGGAGUUCACGAAAAGUGGAUGGGGCUUUGCCUUCCCAAGAGACUCUCCUCUUGCAGUGGAUCUAUCGACAGCCAUCCUGACACUGUCAGAAAAUGGUGAUCUCCAAAGGAUCCAUGACAAAUGGCUAGCACGCACUGGUUGCAGUUCACAAGACAAUGAGAUAGAUUCGAACCGGUUAAGCCUUGGCAGUUUCUGGGGCCUUUUCCUCAUCUGUGGUCUUGCAUGCUUGUUAGCUCUCAUCGUGUUCUUCAUGAGAAUAUUCUGCCAAUAUAGCAGGUAUAGUAGCCAAGACGAUGUUGGAAGCAUUGAGCCUGAGCGCAGUUUCAGGCGUCCAAUGCGAUUAACUAGCAUCAAGGAUUUGAUUUCUUUUGUCGAUAAGAAGGAAGAAGAAGUUAAGUGCGCAAUCAAGCGAAAAUCUAGUGAUAAGCAGCAACAGAGUAGCCAAGUGACUAAUGAACAGUCCAUGUCACCAGCAUAGGAAGAGCAAUUGGAAAAUGCUGAAGAGAAUAGUUUGUACUCCUUGCAUGUUCGAGUGCUCGAGCAUAUAGUACAAAAGCAGGAUAGGCAGCAAUCUACAAAGAUGUGGGCUUGUAGAUGGUAAGUUUAAACCUUUUGUGCUUAUGACUUAGUAGCACAGAAGGGUCUUUUUCUGAGUUUGGAUAAUCUACAUUCCCUGUAAUCGAUACUUUUAGGCAACCCAAGUGAAUUCAUGCCUAUAAUUAAAAAAAAAAGAAGUUCAAUCUAAAAGAGAAGUAUUUAGGCAGGUGGAUCUGUUGAGUCUGUAUCAAUUGAAUGCAAUUAUAUUGCUCAAGUCUUUCUUGUGUUUGAUGUAUUACAUAAAUUUCAUGUAAGAAUGAAGUGAUGAGAUCAAAAAAUUUUGAUUCUUCAUGACCUAAA